AUGCGCUCCCCGUCACAGGUGUUUGAAGUGGUGGAGAGCGGUCGGUACGAACGGCCCUCCCCAGAGGCGGUGCGACAGGCGGCUAUCAGGCAGCAGAAGCAGCAGAGGAGAGAGCAGAGGAGGAAGCAGGCGGAGCAGAAAGGAGAAGGGCAUGUGGCGCAAGGAGGAGUGUCCGAAGGACAGAGGGGGAUACUUCAUUGUGAAGGGCAUGGAGAAGAUUUCUUAUUCCACUCGGAGGAGUGUCCCAAGGACAGCGGGGGAAACUUCAUUGUGAAGGGGAUGGAGAAGGUGAGGAGGGAGAGGGAUGGUGAAGGGAAGCUCGUGCAAGCACCCAACACCAUCCUUGUGGUCAUUCCCCAGCUCGUGCGAGCACCCAACACCAUCCUAGUGGUCAUUCCCCAGCUCGUGCGAGCACCCAACACCAUCCUAGUGGUCAUUCCCCAGCUCGUGCGAGCACCCAACACCAUCCUAGUGGUCAUUCCCCAGCUCGUGCGAGCACCCAACACCAUCCUAGUGGUCAUUCCCCACCUCGUGCGAGCGCCCAACACCAUCCUCGUCGAGCCUGCACCUCCCCUGUCCGCUUCUGCUGCUGCCAGAGCUGCCUCGAUGGGCGGCGGGGCAGCAGAAGGGGCGGGAGCGUGGAGGGACGAGUGGGUGGCGUCCGUUGUCUCUACUGAGGACGAUAUGGGAGGGCUCAAGGCAGGGCCACGGGCAAAAACAAGCUCAGCACCUGCAACUGCCAUGUCAGCUGCAGCAGCUGCCACGUCAGCAACCAGCGCAAGCGCUUCCCGUAUCCUUCAAAUCCAUCUCCCAUAUUUCAGCUGCCUGGUUAAUCUCUUCCUCUUCCUUCGUGCCCUGGGAGUUCGGUCAGAUAAGGAAAUAUUUGAAAUGAUUCUCGGGCACCCACUGAAAGAAAGUGAGGGCAUGGUGGGGGCAGGGGAAGAGAGGGGAGGGAAGGGGGCCGGUAGUGUGGGGAGAGGGAUGGAAAGAAAGGCGGGAUUAGGAGAAGAGGAGGAGGGUGGUGAGGGAGAGGAGGAGGGAAAGCAGGAGGGAGAGGAGGAGGGGGAGAGGGGUGCGUGGUUCAAGGCCAAGAGACACAAGAGAGCAGCGAAUGUCAUUGUCAUAGAUGACAGUGAUGAUGAUGCUGAUGGUGUAGCAGCUGCUGCUGCCGUUGCUGGUGGUGGUGGUGGGGAUUCUACUGAUGAUGCUGAUGGGGGAAUGGGAGGAGAAGGUGAGAAGGAGGGAGGAAAGAGGGAAGGAGGGAAGCGCGAAGGAGGGAUGGAAGGAGGGAUGGAAGGAGGAGAGGAAGCGCAAGCACUGAUGAGGCGGCAGCAGGAGGUGCUGCAGCUGCUGCAGCACACAUGUGAAGAGAACCGGAGUAGCAACCAACAGGCUGCGCUUGCUUCUCUGGAGUCUCUGACUCACAACAACAGGCUCUCUGCAUGGGAGCUUCUGGCCAAUGACAUGCUGCCACAUGUUGGCUCCGGGCCCGCCUCUCUCCCUGCCAAGGCGCAGUUUGUUGCUUACAUGGCUCGAAGGCUCUGCUCCACCUGCCUUGGAUAUACCCCUCCGGAUGACCCUCGCAGCCUGACGCACCUCAAAGUGGAAACCUCCGGGAAGCUUCUGGAAGACCAGUUCGUCGCAGGGCUGGACAGCCUGUGCUGGUGGAUCGAGCGUGAGCCGGCUCUAGCAACUGGAAACUGGCACCGGCCCGGGAGCUACGGCCGAGCCAAAGGCGGCAGGUUCGGCAGCGGCAGCCAGGGCAGGUUCGGCGGAGGGUGGUAUGGGACGAGCAGCAGCAGUCUGCAUGCGAGUGAGCCGCUCAACCGGCUGUCUGCUUCGGCGGCACUGUCACAGCUCAGGAGGAUGGAGGUGCCUUCCCAUCGAUCCAACACCUCUGCUGCUGCAAGACAGAUCCAUGCGACAUUCUUUGGUCGCAUCUGCCCGUUGGAAACCCCCAAGUCCGAGGCGAUAGGUUUCUCCCUCAACCUUGCCCUUGCUACCUGCGUCUCUGGGGAAGGGGGAGAGGAGGAGGAAGAGAAAAAGGCAGAAGAAGAGGAAGGAGAGGGCGUGGGCGGGCAAGGGGGAGGAGCAGGGAAGGCAGAUGGGGGAGGAGGGAAUGAGGGAGGGGGACAGCAAGAAAGGGCAGGGACCGACGCUGGUGCUUGUGGUGGUGGUGAUACUCAUGCCAGAGCGGUUGAGAGUGGUGAUGAUGAGGACGUUUGGGCUUUGGAUGAUAUUGUUGACGGUGCUGACAAGCUUUUUGCUUCGGAGAACCGAGAGGGGAACGGAGAGGGAAACCGAGAGGGGGAGCGGAAGGGGCGUGAGGAGAAAGGUGUGGGGAUGGAUGGAUCCAAGGAGGGCCAUACAGGAUCGGAUGUGAGAGGUGACGUGUCGUUUGGUGAUUGGUGGCUGGUGAAGGAGCUGCAGACACGUGGCAUGGUCUUACUGGAGCAUUUAACAGAGAGGAACAAGGGUGAAGGAGGAGGCGUAAGGAGGAGCAAUAAGGGUGAGGGAGGAGGAGGAGGAGGAGGAGGAGGAGGAGGAGGAGGAGGAGGAGGAGGAGGAGGAGGAGGAGGAGGAGGAGGAGGAGGAGGAGGAGGAGGAGGAGGAGUGUGGGUGAAUGGGCGACCAGUCGGGUGGCAUGCUGACCUGGCAGAGCUGACUAGGCAGAUGAGGAGGAAGAGACAAAGGGGCGCCAAGAGAUACAGAGAGGUGUGUAUUCCCUUCCUGUCCACCUCCCUUCUAAGAGCUCAUAAGCUCAUACAUUCCCUUCCUGUCCACCUCCUUUCAGUCCACUUGCUGGGCAUGGCCUAUCACCCCGCCCUGCACGCCCUGCACCUCGCCUCCUCCCCUGGUCGCAUCCUCCGCCCCUUGCUGCUGCAACAGCCGCCCAUCGACCUGCCUCACAGUAUGAGCAGCAGCUGGAACAGCUACGGCUGGGGGCAGGCAUGGCAGGGCAUGCUCGCAUCAGGGGCAGUCGAGUAUGUAGAUGCAGAAGAGGAGGCGGCUAACUGCGUUGCUGCCCCAGCAGAACCACUCCUAGCUGCAGAGCAGCGCAAGGAACUCUCUGAAACAAGCCUGAAGGAUAUAGACGACGGUGCGGCACGGGACGUUCGGCAGCAGUCUCCCGACUCUACUCUGUCUCUGUCGUCAUUUCUUCGAGACUCGCCUGGUUUGGCCGCAUCUGCUCGCUUUAACGCGUCUGCACGUUACUCCCAUGUGGAGAUUCACCCAGAGCUCAUGUUUGGCGUGAUUGCGUCGGCUCUCCCUUUUGUGAAUCAUAACGGCAUUUCUCGCAGCACUGGCGCUGCUCACAUGUUCAAACAGGCCAUGGGCAUGCCACCAUACAACCUCCCCCAUCGCGCCGACCGCACGCUCUUCGCGCUGCACUACCCGCAGCGGCCACUCGUUGCAUCCAGAAUUGCUGAAAUCGCCAGUGGGCUUUCAGACUUCCCCAAUGGGCAGAACGCCAUUGUCGCCGUGAUGAGCGCUGGAUACAACCAGGAGGAUGCACUGAUCAUCAACCAGGCGUCAGUUGACAGAGGGCUGUUCGGCAGCACCACCUUCAGAAGCUUCGUGGAAGAGGAGGGCAAGGCUGGUCGGGGCAAGGUGGAAGUGACCUGGAGGCAGAGUAGAGGAAAGAGAGGGAGAAAAGGCGAGGGACGACCUCUGCGAGCUAAGGCGGAGCCGAUAGAUCUUACGCAAGAUGAUGAUAAUGCUGACGUGGCGAUGGCGCAGGCUGACGAGAAGGAUGCCACGUGGCAAGAUGAUGAGGAUGUGGCGGCCAAGCAAGAUGAUGACGUGGCAGUGAAUCAAGCGACGGGUGGAUGGGGGGAGCAAGGAGGAGGGUCAGGGUCAGCAGGAGAAGGAGGAGAAGAAGCAGCAGCAGGGUGGGGUGAGAGGAGUGAGAAGGAGGGUGGGAAUGGUGGGUGGGGCGGAAGUGAGAGGGCGGAGGGUGGGGGUGUUGGAUGGGGUGAGGGUGAUGGUACUGCUGCUUCUGCUGCCGAUGGUGCGGAUAACAGUGGUGGCAGGUGCAGGAGUGAUGCUGCUGAUGCUGCUGCUGGUGCUGCUGAAGGUGGGGAGGAUGGUGAUGGUGGGUGGGGUGGUGGUGGUGGUGGUGGUGGUGGUGGUGGUGGUGGUGGUGGUGGUGGUGGUGGUGGUGGUGGUGGUGGUGGUGGUGGUGGUGGUGGUGGUGGUGGUGGUGGUGGUGGUGGUGGUGGUGGUGGUGGUGGUGGUGGUGGUGGUGGUGGUGGUGGUGGUGGUGGUGGUGGUGGUGGUGGUGGUGGUGGUGGUGGUGGUGGUGGUGGUGGUGGUGGUGGUGGUGGUGGUGGUGGUGGUGGUGGUGGUGGUGAUGGUGAUGGUGAUGGUGAUGGUGAUGGUGCUGCUGCCGCUGGUGCGAAUAAUAGUGAUGGUAUUGGUCGUGGUGGCGAGUGGGGGAGUGGUGCUGCUGAUACUGCUGCUCGUAGGGAUGGUGGUGAUGGUUGGGGUGGUGAUGCUGGUGGGAGUGGUGAGGGUGAUGGUGGGGGUGGUGGUGGGGAUGAUGGUUGGGGUGGUAAUGGGGGUGGUGGUAAGAGUGGUGGUGAGGGUGGGGAGAGCGGCGGAUGGGGUAAUGAGGAGGACACAGGAAGAGAAGGAGGAGGAGCAGCAGCAGCUGAAGAAGAAGCAGGGGGGUGGGGUGCAAGUGACAAGGAGGGGGACGCGGGUGGUGGGUUGAAUGACAGUGGAGGAGGGGGAGGGUGGGGUGCUGCUGCUGGUGCUAAUGGCGCUGAUAAUGGUGCUGCUGAUGCUGGUGAUGUUGGUGGUUGGGGUGAGGAAGGUAGAGACGAGGAGGAUAGAGGAAGAGAGGGAGGAGCAGCAGCAGCAACACAAGCAGGGGGGUGGGGUGCGAAUGAUAAGGAGGGUGACGAGGGUGGUGAGUUGAAUGGCAGUGGGGGAGGAGGAGGACGGGGAGGAGGCUGGGGUGGUGAUGGUGGUGGUGCUGGUUGCGGCGGUGCUGGUGGGGGUGGUUGGGGUGGUACAGGUGCUGCAGCUGGUGCUGGUGGUGCUGGUGAGGGUGGGGAUGGUUGGGGUGGUGGUGCUGGUGAUGCAUCUGGUGCUGUUGCUGCUAGUCGGGGUGGUUGGGAUGGUGCUGCUGUUGCUGCUAGUGGGGGUGGUUGGGGUGGUACGGGUGAUGCUGCCGCUGGUGGUGCUGCUGCUGGUGAGGGUGGGGGUGGUUGGGGCAGUGAUGGUGCUGCUCGUAAUGGUGGUGCUCGUGGGAGUGGUUGGGGUGAUGGUGCUGCCGCUGGUGAUGGUGCGGGUGGUUGGGGUGGUGCUGCUGCUGCAGGUGAUGCUGCUGCUGGUGGUAGUGCUGCUGGUGAGGGUGGGAGUGGUUGGGGUGGUGCUGAUGCUGCUGCUGCUGGUGGUGGGAGUGGUUGGGGUGGUAGGGGUGAUGGUGCUGAUGGUGCUGGUGGUUGUGGGGGUGGUUGGGGUGGUGAUGCUGCCGCUGGUGGUGGUGGGAGUGGCUGGGGUGGUACGGCUGAGGGUGCUGAUGGUGCUGGUGAUGGUGGGGGUGGUUGGGGUGGUACGGGUGAUGCUGCCGCUGGUGCUGGUGCUGCUGGUGCUGGAGGGGGGUGGAGAGGAGGUGGUGGAGAGGGGGGAUGGGGAGGAGGAGGGGGAGAGAAAGGAGGAGGGGGAGAGGGAGGAGGAGGGGGAGGGGGAGGAGGGUGGGGCGGGGGAGGUUGGGGUAAGGAGAGAGGGCAGAGUGAGGGUGAUGCGGCUGGUGGGAACACAAGAGAUGGAGAGGACGGGUGGGGAGGAGGAGGGGGUGGUGGGGAUGGGUGGGGAGGAGGAGGGGGUGGUGGGGAUGGGUGGGGAGGCGGAAGAGGAGGUGAAGAUGGGUGGAGAGGUAGAGAGGACGGGGGAGAUGAGGGAGGAGGGGGGGAAAGGGGGUGGAGGGGGAGGGGAGGAAGGGGGAGGGGUCGCGGGAGGGGAAGGGGAAGGGGGAGGGGAAACGAUUCGUGGGGAGACAGGGAGCAGGGUGACGGGGGAGGGGGAGAUGGAGGAAGGGGGAGUGGAUGGGGGGGAGGCGGAUCGGGGGGAGGUGGAUGGGGGGGAGGAGGGGGAGGCGGUUGGGGGGAAGGUGGAGAAGGGGAAGGUGGAGGAGGGGGAGAGCGUGGUGUCAGGGGAGAUAGAGAUGGGGGGAACCGAUGGGGGGGAGUAGGGGGAGGCGGAUGGGGGGGAGAUGGGGGAGGAGGUGGGGGAGGAGAUGGGGCAGAUGAAGAAGGGAGAAGCUUUGGGGGGAGCGAAAGAGGCAGGGGCAGGGGCAGGGGCAGGGGGAGGGGGAGGGGAAGAGGAGACGGAGAAUUCCGGGAAGGCAGAGGGGGAAGGAGAGGGGGGCGAGGAGAUCAUCACGGGGAGCGCAUGGAGCGGCAGGAGAGGCCUAAGAGAUGGUCCCAAUAUGAUCAUCUGGGGGAGAAUGGGCUUCCAAAAGUGGGCCAUCCGUUGCUGUGGCCGGGAGAAGUGGUUGGGGGGGGAACAGGCGAUGGGGGAGAGGGGACAGGCAUGGGGGGAGGGGCAACAGGAGAGGCGGUUGGGGGAGCAGCGGCAGGAGGGACAGGCGCAGUGGAGGGGGCAACGGGAGGGGAGGUGGCAGGGAUUAGGGUUUACUGUAGCUCGGGCGUGGGGGGAGGGAGCGCGGGGGUGUGGGGGAGGAGUGUGGCGGAUCGAGGUGUGUUUGGGGGGAGGGAGAGAGCCGUUCUGAUUGGCCACGUGGCGGCUGGGGUAGAAGGGGGAGGCGGCGUAGUGGACGCUGCUUGCAUGUCGCCUCCUCACCCCGCAUCCCGCCCUUCUCUCCCCUCCCCUCCCCUCCAGCCGCCUCGAGUCACGGCCACAGGGGAGGAGGAGAAAGUUUGUAGUCUCAUGGUGUCGCAGGUGGAAGGGGGAGGCGGUGUAGUGGACGCUGCUUGCAUAUCGCCUCCUCACCCCGCAUCCCGCCCUUCUCUCCCAUCCUCUCCCCUCCAGCCGCCCUGCCUGACUGCCACAGGGGAGGAGGAAAAAGUGCGUAACCUCAUGGUGUCUCAGGUGGAGGGGGGAGGCGGCAUAGUGGAUGCUGCUCGCAUGGACACGGACAGUCAUGGCGUGCGCCUGGGGAGGGUGAGUCUCUGGGUAUGGCUGGGCAGCUUAAUUACCACUCGCGCACAGAGUGAGUCUGUGGGGAUGGCUGUCUGUGGGUGUGGAGGGGAGAGGCGGCAUAGUGGAUGCUGCUCGCAUGGACACGGACAGUCAUGGCACGCGGCUGGGGAGGGUGAGUCUCACCCUCUCACGCACAGAGUGCGUCUGAGGGCCACCCUCCGACCAGAGGUGCGUCUGAGAGCCACGCUCCGACCAGAGGUGGGGGACAAGCUGACGAGCCGGCACGGGCAGAAGGGAGUGAUUGGCCGCGUGCUGCCCUCCCACGACCUGCCCUGGUUCGAUGCCGUUGCCAGAAUCAGUUCCUCUUUUAAAGCCCCUGGUGCUUCUGGCGGUGCUGCUGCUGGUGCUGCCAGUGCUGCCGCUGCUGGUGCUGGUGCUCCUGCAAAUGCAAAUUCAACUGCUGCUGGCGCUGCAGCAGUGGGAGCCCCACUAGGAGUGAUACCUGAUCUGGUGAUCAACCCACACGCGCUGCCCUCCCGCAUGACACUGGGGCAAGUCAUGGAAGCACUGUUCGCUAAGGUGGCAUGCUCCCCCGUGCAAGAGACAAGCGGCAAUAAGAGCAUCUCCUCCUUCUCCUCGGACCUUUGGGGGUCGGACCUUCUGUCCGAAGCACAGCAGCGGCUGCGCAGUUGCGGCUACUCUCCUCUUGACUUGGGCAAAGACAUUGCGUACUGUGGGGUGACAGGACAAGAGAUGGAGGGAAGGGUGUUUGUCGGCCCCACUCACUACCUGCGGCUGAAACAUCUGGCAGCUGACAAGAGAGCCACAAGGGCCAUAGGGACCAAGCAGAUGAACACCAGGCAGCCGACUAAAGGCAGGGCGCAGCAGGGGGGCAUGCGGAUGACCACGCGCCAGCCCACCAAGGGCAGGGCGCAGCAGGGGGGCAUGCAGGUGGGGGAGAUGGAGAGGGACUGCCUGGUGGCGCACGGGGCAGCGCACUCCCUCUCUGAGCGCCUCUCGCUCCUCUCAGACGACACCGCUGUCGCUGUCCGCUGCUUUGGCUGCUUUUUUUCUCUCCUGACCCCCUUUUCCCUUCUCUUUCACCGCAUCCAACCCCACACAAUCCCUUCCAACCCCUUGCAGAUGACUACCCGACAGCCCACCAAGGGCAGGGCGCAGCAGGGGGGCAUGCGGGUGGGGGAGAUGGAGAGAGACUGCAUGGUGGCUCACGGGGCAGCGCACUCCCUCUCUGAGCGCCUCUCGCUCCUCUCAGACGCCACCGCCGUUACUGUCUGCUCUGCCUGCCGCUUCAUCGCCACUGCGGCGGGUGGCUCUGGGGGAGGUGCACCUGGGGGAGGUGGUGGUGGUGGCAGCGGUUUUGAUGGUUAUGCUGCUGCUGGUGGUUUCGGUGGCUUUGGAGGAGAGGGGAGUGAUCACCAUGGCCCUGGGUGCCAGUCGUGUGGAAGCAGCAGGAACACCACAGAGGUGUGCAUGCCGUAUGCUGUGAAGCUACUGUUUGAUGAGAUGAGGGCCAUGGGGAUUUCAGUGCGCGUGCAGCCAUCCCACUGCUGA